AUGGCGCAAUUAAUGGAUAUUAUUUUGAAUGUUGAUAAUGCUGAUGACUUUACUAAUAAUUUGAAUAUGAUGUUGACUUCGUCCGCUGCAUGUUAUAAAAUGUUCAUCAUGUGGUUAAAUUAUGACAAGGUUGCAGCAUUAAUCAGCUGUCUGACUGAAGAACCAUUCAAGCCAUUAGAUCCGGGUGAGAUGAGGAUUCGCCAGCAAUUUAAUCAAACAACACGGAACAAUACCUUGCGUUACACGAUCCUGAUCGAAACGACGUGCUCGUUUAUCGCUUUGAUGUCGUUGUUAACUGAUUUUCGGCACAGAAGAUUAACAUAUAGAGAAUGGGUACCGUACAAUUAUUCGUCUCACAUGGCGUUUUGUUUUACGUACGCUCAGCAAAUGAUAAGCACCUUCCAUUGUGCCACUGUAAAUGUAGCUUGCGAUACCCUCAUAUGCGGGUUUUUAACGCACGUGUGUUGUCAGCUCGAGAUCUUGGAAUAUCGCUUGAAGAGACUCUCGAAUAAUAAUGUUACUCUGGGCUAUUGCAUUCGUCAUCAUAAUCGAAUUUUUGAAUUUGCGAAGUUGGUGAACAUAAGAUUUUCACUAAUAAUCGGAUUUCAAUUUAUGGCGAGUAUGAUGGUAAUUUGCUCCAAUUUGUAUCAAUUGACCAAAUCGGCUCUUAGUCCGGAUCAUGUUCCAUUGAUUAUGUACACAAGUUGCAUGCUGACGCAAAUAUUUAUUUAUUGUUGGUUUGGAAAUAAGGUUAAAACAAAGAGUGUUAAAGUAGUGGAUAGUAUUUUUCAAAUGGAAUGGUCAAUCUUAAACAACAGCAUUAAAAAGAGCCUCUUCGUAAUCAUGCAACGUGCAUUGAUACCCAUCGAAAUUUCUACCGCGUACAUAUUGACUUUGAAUUUGGAUUCUUUCGUAUCGUUGUUAAAAACAUCAUAUUCCGCUUACAACUUACUGGUACAAGUGUAAACAUUUAUUUUGCUUUCUAUUUCUUUUUGUUUUUGAUAAA